AUGACUAAGACAAACAAACCAGAUCCUAUUACUCUCUCGCUGUUCUCCAACAGAUUCGUCAGCUGCGCUGAGGCAAUGAGCAAGUCCCUUCAACAAACGUCCAUCUCUACGAAUAUCAAAGAACGACUAGACUUCUCAUGCGCCGUCUUCUCUCCUACAGGCGAUCUCAUCGCCAAUUUUCCGAAUGUCCCCGUACAUCUGGGAGCAAUGUCGUAUGCGAUCAAAUACCAAAUGAAGUUGCACGAGGGUAACAUCAAUCCGGGUGAUGUUCUCAUGUCCAACUCCCCAACCGCGGGCGGCUCCCACCUCCCCGACAUAACGAUAAUGACUCCCUGCUUCGAUAAGACGACGAAUGAGAUCAUCUUCUUUACUGCCUCCCGUGGCCAUCACAGCGACAUUGGCGGAAUUCUGCCUGGGUCGAUGCCCCCCAACUCUACCGCGUUGACGGAAGAAGGUGCUGAGAUAAUCACGUUCAAGAUUGUCGAGGGCGGCAAGUGGAAUGGCGCGACACUCUACGACCUGCUCGUCACCCAGCCUGGCAAGGUGGAGGGUAGCAGUGGGUGUCGCAACUACAAGGACGUUGAAUCAGAUCUCAAAGCGCAGGUAGCAGCGAACCACAAGGGCAUUCAGCUGCUCCACCUGUUGUGCCACGAAUUCGGUCUAUCACUAGUACAGGAGUACAUGUUCCACAUCCGCGACAACGCUGAGUAUGCAGUACGCAACCUCCUGCGCACGGUAUCUCGCACUACGGGGCAGACUGAGCUAUCUGCGGUGGACUAUCUCGACGACGGCUCGCCGAUAGCUCUGCACAUAACCAUCGACAGCGCGUCCGGGAGUGCCACAUUCGAUUUCAGUGGCACAGGGCCGGAGUUGCGCGGGAACCUGAAUGCACCAAUCAGCGUAGUGCACUCAGCGGUAAUCUAUUGUGCACGCGCAAUGCUGGGCGUCGAUAUACCCCUCAACAGCGGCUGUCUCGCGCCCAUCACUAUCCACAUCCCAGACGGCUCCCUCCUCUCGCCGUCCCCUGCUGCUGCUGUGUGUGGGGGGAAUGUAAUGACGUCGCAACGUGUCGUGGAUGUCGUGCUGCGCGCAUUCGGAGCGGCGGCGGCGUCGCAGGGCUGCUGCAACAACGUUACCUUUGGUGCGGGUGGGAAGGAUCCCCUCACCGGUCACGUCACGCCUGGAUGGGGGUACUACGAGACUGUCGCUGGUGGCUCCGGCGCAACGGAGGAGCAAGAUGGCGUUAGUGGCGUGCACGUUCACAUGACUAACACACGUAUAACCGAUCCGGAAAUCCUCGAACGCCGCUAUCCUAUCCUUCUCCGUCGUUUCGAAUUCAGAGAGGGCAGUGGAGGUGUGGGAUUGAGGAGAGGAGGUGAUGGUGUUGUGCGCGAAUAUCAACUGUUGCAGGACCUUCAACUCUCCAUCCUUUCGGAAAGAAGAGCGAUCAGACCAUACGGUUUGCAUGGCGGCGGAGACGGCCAGACGGGUCUCAAUCUGUGGCUUAAGAGAGGCGCAGCUGGGGAGAAGGACAGAGUGAUAAAUCUCGGUGGUAAGGCGACAGCCAAGAUGAGUAAGAAUGACGUCUUCAUCCUCCUCACACCGGGUGGUGGUGCGUGGGGGGCUGCUGAGGCGACAGAGAAGGUUGCUCGUUCUCAACCUCGAACAGCUAAUCGCGGCCUCACCAGUGACUUCGCUCCGAGGGGCAGUGUAUACGAUCGACACAGCAUGGCUGAGAGUGCCUAA